AUGGCAGCUACCCAAGCCCAAGCCUUACCUGUUGCCCAGGAACAGGAUACCGAGAAGAAAAUAUCGGGCAACGACGAUAUUAAGGAAGUCAAAGAUGUCCCUGGAAUCGAGUCCGAUGCGAGCUCCGGCCAUAAGCAAGAUGGCGUAAAGCGAGUCGAGGCCAUUACUACGGUCUGGUCGAAGGACUUGCUGAUAGUCAUGUAUAUCCUGCUCUAUAUGGUGACCUUCGUCGAUAUGCUAUUGCAGUCCGUCCAAUCUAACCUCGUACCUUUCGUCACCUCCGCCUUCAAUAAACACGGAUUGCUAGCGACAACCGGGAUAGUCGCUACUAUCAUUGGCGGAGUAUGUAGACUGACCAUUGCAAAAGUCAUCGAUAUAUGGGGUCGAUGCGAGGGUUUCAUUGUCAUGGUGAUUCUUGUCGUUAUCGGUAUGAUCAUGAAAGCGACGUGCGUGAACGUUGAAAUGUAUGCCGCUGCUCAUACACUCUACUGGGUCGGCCACCUGGGUAUGCAAUAUAUCGUCGAUAUCAUCCUUGCCGAUACUACGACUCUCAAGAAUCGGAUAAUCAUGUACGGUAUCAAUGCAACCCCCACGAUCGCUACUACGUUUGCUGGCCCCAAGAUUGCCGACCUGUUUUACACUUAUGUCAACUUCCGAUGGGCUUUCGGCGCAUUCUCCAUAAUUCUAGUAGCAUUCUGUCUUCCAGUUGCUAUUAUCUUCAUCCUUAGCAGACGCAAGGCCGUUAAGUUAGGUGUAUAUCCUGAAAGGGUUAAGACCCGGACAUUUUGGGAAUCCCUGAAGUAUUAUUUCAUCGAAUUUGAUGUAAUUGGAAUGCUUCUAACUAUUGCUGGGUGGUCUUUACUUCUCUUACCUUUUAGCAUAGUCGGUUAUGCACCCCGUGGAUGGAAGACUGGAUAUAUCAUAGCAAUGAUUAUUCUUGGUGCUGUCUCGUUAGCGGCCUUCGUUGUAUGGGAAAGAUUCUUCGCACCUGUUGCGUACUUUCCCUUCAAGUUUCUCAAGGACAGAACCAUUCUCGGUGCCUGCAUGCUUUACGGUGUCAUGUUCCUCUCUAUCUACUGUUGGGACAGCUACUACGGAUCAUACCUACAGGUUGUACACGAUGAGAGCAUCACGAUCUCGGGCUACGUACUAAAUUCUUUCUCACUCACGUCGUCUUUUAUUGGCCCGUUUGUUGGCCUUCUCAUACGACACACGGGCGACUACAAAUGGACCGCAAUCGCUGGAAUUCCUUUUUGCGUCCUAGGUACUGUGCUAUUAGUCCACUUCCGUACUCCAGAGACUUACGUUGGGUAUCUCGUAAUGUGUCAAAUCUUUAACGGUGUUGCAAGCGGAACCUGGGUUCUUACAGCACAGCUUGCGAUUAUGGCCUCGGUUACGCAUCAAGAAAUUGCCGUAGCCAUAGCUAUAUUUGGCCUUUUCGGAUCUAUUGGCGCUGCUAUUGGCCUCGCUAUCGCUGGUGCACUGUGGAACAAUGUUCUUCCCCAAAAGCUACACGAAUUCUUACCAGAGGAUAGCAAGGGCCUAGUUUCCAAUAUUUUCGGCAGUAUUGCCGUGCAGAAAUCUUAUCCAAUGGGAAGUCCAAUCCGCCAAGCAAUCAUUGAGGCUUUCGGCGACGUGCAGAGGAAAAUGGUUAUUGCUGGCUCAGCAUUCAUCCCUAUCUGUAUUAUCUGCAUUCUUGUGUGGAAGAAUAUCAAUGUGGUGAAGUUGGAAGAAACACGAGGGAAGCAGACAAAAGGCAAUGUAUGGUGA